AUGAAUGACCCUAGAGACGAAGUGAUUGAAUCAGGGGAUGAAUUAACUGAGAGUUCAUCUGAUGAGCUAGCUGAUUUACAAAAAGAAUUCGAAGUCAGAAAGCAAAAAAUCUUAGAAAAGAAAUUGCAAAAGAAAGAUGAACAAAGUAGGCUAAUCGAAAAGCAAAUACCUAGGUCACCAUCACCACCGAAUAAAGCCAAUACACCUAUCGGUAAGCCUCAAGUCAAAGCACCUUCAAGACUGACUGGUAAAAUUAUUAACUCCCUGAAUGAAGAUCUGUUAAAAAGAGAACAAACGGUAACGCGUAAUGUGAACAAAGGAUCCAGUCAAUUUUUCAGUAAAUUGCAUCAGAGCAGUCAAAUACUGAAGAAGACUGUUGACUAUGAGAAAAGAGAGUUUCUUUUUGAGAUUCCAGAAUUACAUGAUCUAGUGGUUGACGAAAAGGAAUUGUUUUCUGCAUUGCACUUAAGAAAGAGGUACAUUAAACAUGAAGACCUUACUAAAUUAUUUGCUGAAAAGAAGAUUCUAAAGGUAGAUAAGUUAUAUGCCAAAGUGACUGCCCCUGGAUACUAUGAACCUGACUAUGCAAAUUGGUGUGUGAUUGGAGUAAUAACAAGCAAAUCGGAUCCCAAAUUAACGAAGGCAACAUCUAAUGAAAAGAGAUCAAAGUAUAUGAAAAUAACACUUGGUGACUUGAAUAUGUCAGUAGAUCUUAUGAUAUUUGGAGAUGCUUUUAAAAAGUAUUGGAAAUUAAGGGUUGGUGAUAUUGUUGCAGUACUCAACCCGAAUGUUAACCCAUGGAAGCCACCAUUUAACGGUUUUAACUUAUCUAUAAAUGAUGACGUCAACUCAAUACUAGAGAUUGGGUCUUCGAGAGAUUUUGGACACUGUUCAAUGAUUAAGAAAGACCAGACACGGUGUGACUCUGUUAUAAAUAUUCUGAAAUCUGAUCUUUGUAACUAUCACCAAGAAAUCAAGUACAAACAAACCCAGAAUAAACGAAUGGAGUUGAAUGGAAGUGUCAAUUUAAAAUCACCCACGAAUAAACAAGGUCAAAAACAAUCCAUGUACUUAUCAACUAAUGAGAAAGGGAAGAUCAGCGGAGGUUAUUUGAAUUAUGAAAAGAUUAAUCAGCAAACAACCAACUAUCAUUAUGAAGGAGGCAAGCUAGGAGAAAAUUUUGUCAAUCCUAAAUUACUUGAUAACAUCCAGGUGAAAAGGCGAAAGCAUAACGAUAAUAAGAAUAAUGAAUUACUCGAGAAAAAAUUACUGAAAUUACUGAACAACUCAAAUUUCAAGAAACUAGGAUUAAUAAAGAACAAGGUUGAACAGCCAGAACCGACGGUUAAUAAGACAGCCUUCAACAGCUCUAUUCUCAACAAGAUUGGGUUUGAUCCAACAAAUAGACAAAUCGGUGAGACAGUACAUAAAAGUCCUCAAAAGCAAAGGAAGGAGCUUUCCACCGAUCUAAAGGAGUUGUAUGAAAUCAGUAGCCGGAAGAAAUUCAUGCGCAAACUUACCAGCUCAACCGAAGAUAUCAACAAUAAGAAAAACAAAUGGAAUACUAACUUGAAAACCCUAGAAAAAUACAAACAACGCUACGAAGAGCCAUGUGCUUCUGAACCUCCCUCCAAAGACGACACCAUACUACAAAGCCCUGUAAGAUUGAAGAAGCGCAAGAUCGACUCCAGCGAGAGCGACAGUGAUUCCGCACCUGGCCCCAGAGUUCAUAGUGCCCACAAGGAACCAAGUCGAAUUUCUAAACUACUUGAUUCUCAAUAUCACAAGACUACAAAUAUCCUCUCGAAAAAUCGUUCUGGCCCAACAAAACCUUCUUCACAGCCAUUCAAACCUGCUCCUGCCGUUCACCCCGAUAUGGAUUCCUCUGAUAGUGACAUCGAGAUCAGUUUCGACAAUCCAGCAAAAAAAGAAACCUACAACAAAAUCAUUCGCAAUACCCACUGA